AUGGAGUGCAAAUUAUGGUUUGGUUUGAUGAUUAUAGCGCUUUCUCUCAUUGUCAUUGAUAAUGGACGAGUCCUAGCAACCAUGCCGAAGGAAAAAAUGAUGAAAUUGAACUCAUUGUGGGAUGAGAUGUUCAAGAAUCAAAGUUCAUCUUCUAAUGAUGGAACUAAUGAUGUUAUCAGACAUUGGGCAACAUCAUACCCAUCUCUAAGCGAUGAUGGUCUAAUAUAUUAUGGGGCUAAAGCAACUCUUUCAGUUCAUGGGGUUCCGGAAAUUAAAGCUAACCAAUUUAGCUCCGCUUGUAUUUGGAUUAGUAAUGGUGAUGGUCCCAAUUUGAAUGUAAUAACGGCGGGAUGGACGGUACAUCCAUACAUAUAUCAUGACAAUCGGCCCCAUUUUUUUACACUUUGGACGAGAGAUGGAUAUCAAACAAAUUGCUACAACACUGAUUGCCCAGGAUUUAUACUUACUGAUAAGAGCAAUGCACUUCUCGGAAGUCCUAUUAAUCAAGUUUCAACUUAUGGUGGGCCACAAUAUAAUAUAACAAUAAAAGUCUCUAAGGACCCUACUUCGGGAAACUGGUGGCUAUAUUAUGGACCAUCUGGGGACUACGACAAGUUAAAUGCAGUUGGUUAUUGGCCGAGUUCUCUUUUUACUACUUUGGUGGAUAAUGCGUCUGAAAUACAAUUUGGUGGAAUUGUGACGUAUUACAAAGAUGAACAAGGCCCCCCAAUGGGCAGUGGUCACUAUCCAAAUGAAGGAGAAGGCAAAGCAGCAACUUUCUAUGGAAUCCAAGUUGUGGAUAGAAAUGGUAAUAUGUAUGACUUUAAAGAUAACCCCAAGGUCUUCCAAGAUAAAAGAGAGUGCUACCGUGUUAGUGAAUUUAAAGACAAAAGUUUUUUUUAUGGUGGCCCUGCCGGAUGUAUUAACUAGAAAUAUAUAUUUCUUAACAGAAAAUCUUGAAAUAAAAUAUACCUAUAUUUAUUAUGCAUUGAAAUAUGAUUUCAUGUAUAUUUGAAUCACGAUUUGAAC